AUGGCAUCUUCCAAGGUUUCAGCAUAUCCUCCCCACUUCCUAGAGAGCACGCGUGCUCUCAACAAAUACAUCUCUCCAUGCCUCUCAGUUGCCACAGCACUAGAGAAUGCUGAUAUGCUCGAGAAUGACGAGGACAUGAGCGAUGACCAAAUCGCCUUGUACCGAGAAUGCUACGACAGGUGGAGGGGGGUGCGGGAAGAGAUGGAGAAGAACAGAGAGGACCAUGGGGCUCCAUUUGAGCUCUGUGGUCUUUGCCUAGCUAAUUAA